AUGACGCAGUACAGGCAGAGAGCUGUGCAGCUGGAGGCAGACAGGCAGAGUCUGCGGGGGCAGAGCAGACUGCUGGCCCGGGUUCAGGACAUCAUAGACAGCAUGCAGGUACGCAAGCGGGCGAUAGACUCGGAGGACACAGCCCCGACCUCCUGCUUCCCCAAAAAACCUGAGCAAAAGAACGGCCUUGCCCUGCUGCCCAACAUGUCCAGCCCUCCCCGGGGGGGCGGGGCGGCGGGAGGCGCUAACGGGGGCCUGCCCCCGGAGUGGGGGAGCCCCCCGUUCCCGAACGGGACGGGAGAGGGGGCGGAGGCGCGCGGGGAGGGCGACGAGGGCGGCGGCCGGCUGAGCCUGCAGGUGGUGCUGAAGAGGUCCCGGGAGUGUCUGGAGAGGGAGCAGAGCCGCCGGGGCUCAUGGGGGAGCUGCAGGAGCGCGCCCGCCACGCCGGGCGAUAGCCUCUCCGACAAGGAGAACGAGGACGGCCGCAGUCCUGCCCCCCGCCCGCCCGGGCCCGCCGACUCCACGGACUCGCUCUACGGCUGCACCCCGCGCAGCCUGACCGGGUCCUACGCUCAGCUGCCCAGCCCCGAGCCCAGCCUGAGCCCCCGCCCCCACCGCCGCAGGCCCCGCCCUGUCUCCGCCGGCAACAUCCUCAUCUCCUGCCCCGUGAGCGCCGCGGAGCUCAGCCCGGGGGGGUCGGGGAGGGGCCGGGAGGGGGGCGCACGAGCGGACGGAGGGGCGCUGGUGGACGACGUGUCCCCAGAAAAGAGGUCCCCUGAUGGCCAUUCUCCUGCGGGCUCUCUGCCCUCUACAGGCAGCGACAGAAAUAGCAGCCAUUCAGUCCCCAGCCCGGUCGGUGACCCGGCCACCCCAGUGAGUACUUCUGUCCGGAGCGCAGCCGAACACGACAGCUUUUCCCCCAGCCUCCUCAGGCGGUCCCACACCCUAGACAGUCCCCCGCCCCCCUCCCAGUCAGGACCCCCUCUGGGUCAGAGCAUGGAGAAGGCCCUGCACCUCCCGGGCGGCAUGCCCCCGCAGUCAGCCAGCCGCCGCUCACCGCCCGCGGCCCUCAACCAGUCCUACGACGUGGAGAGCCCCUCGCCGACGCUGCAGCGGCCCCACGUCACCUCCGGCCCCAGCCCCGGCCACGCCAAACACGGCUCCCCCGAGGGGCAGCUCACGCCCCUGUCAGCACCCUCGAGGGAGCAGCACAGGCCCACGGAGGAGGAGGUGCAGUGGCAGGUCCAGGCCCUGGAGGAGGUGCGGCGGCGGAUGGCGGAGGAGCACGCUCAGCAGCUGUCCCUCCUCAUCGCCGAGCAGGAGAGGGAACACCAGCGCCUCCGACAGGCACUGCAGGAGAAAGAGUGGAGGCUGAGAGAGCAGGAAGGUGACCAGGCCCCUGACUGGAGGGCCCAGAGUGUCAGCUGCCCCUCCCUGAGCCCCACAGAAAGUUCUGGACAGAACGUGCACAGUACUGGUUUCCCCUCUGUGGUCGGCCCGAGUGCACCCUCACCCGCUGUCCAGCCCACCCUCUCCCUGUGGGGACCUUCCUGGGGGACGGGCAAGCCCCCGGGGAGAGCGAACCAGGUGGUGACCCCAGAGCUGCAGGGGGCGCUGUGUCGCCUUGGUGCUCUGGCGCGCGGAUUUCUCACCCGCAGGCUGCUGAAGACGGAGAAGCUCAAACACCUGCGGCAGACCAUACUGGACACACAGGAGUUCAUCCGCUCGUUCCAGACUGAAGCCCCUCAGAAGAGGGGAUCCCUCUCAGCACAAGACAACGCCCUGCAGGACAGAGUCAGAGCUCAGCUGCGAGCUGCCCUGUUCGACGUGCACGACAUCUUCUUCGUGAUGCCGACGGAAGAGAGGCUGGCCCUGCUGCAGCAGGACAGAGAGCUGCGGGCGGAGAGGAAGCUCAGAGAGAUGGAGAAAGCCAAGAGCCCCCGGGAGAGGGCCAUACUCUCAGCCGCCACCCAGAGGUCACUGGAGAGUAAGAGGCAAAGGUGA